AUGGCGGAUGAAGACAUGGAGGAUUACGGAUUCGAGUACUCGGACGACGAGCCCGAGGAGCAGGAUGUUGACAUUGAGAAUCAGUACUACAACUCCAAAGGGCUAGUGGAGCGGGACACGGAGGCGGCGCUAGCGGGCUUUGCGGAGGUGGUGCAGAUGGAGGGGGAGAAGGGCGAGUGGGGUUUCAAGGCGCUGAAGCAGACGGUGAAGCUGCACUACAGGGAGGGGCGGGUGGCGGAGAUGAUGGCGGCGUAUCGCGAGAUGCUCACGUACAUCCGCUCCGCCGUGACGCGCAACUACAGCGAGAAGUGCAUCAACAAGAUCCUGGACGUGGUCAGCACCAGCCAGAACCUCGAGCUGCUGCAGGAGUUCUACCAGACCACGCUGCUGGCGCUCGAAGAGGCGCGCAACGAGCGGCUGUGGUUCAAGACGAACCUGAAGCUGUGUAAGCUGUGGUUCGACCUGGGGGAGUACGGCCGCAUGAGCAAGAUCUUGAAGGAGCUGCACAAGUCGUGUCAGAAGGACGAUGGCACGGACGACCAGAAGAAGGGCACGCAGCUGCUGGAGGUGUACGCCAUUGAGAUCCAGAUGUACACCGAGACCAAGAACAACAAGAAGCUCAAGGAGCUGUACCACAAGGCGCUGGCGAUCAAGUCGGCCAUACCGCACCCGCGCAUCAUGGGCAUCAUCCACGAGUGCGGCGGCAAGAUGCACAUGGCGGAGCGCUCCUGGACCGACGCCGCCACCGAUUUCUUUGAGGCCUUCAAGAACUACGACGAGGCCGGCGCUCAGCGCCGCAUCCAAUGCCUCAAGUACCUAGUGCUGGCGAACAUGCUCAUGGAGUCACAGGUGGAUCCGUUUGACGCACAGGAAGCCAAGCCGUACAAGAACGACAAGGAGAUUCUGGCAAUGACAAACCUAGUGGCUGCAUAUCAGCGCAAUGAAAUUCUGGAGUUUGAAAAGAUUCUCAAGAGCAACCGGCGUACGAUAAUGGACGAUCCGUUUAUCCGCAUGUACAUUGAGGACCUGCUCAAGAACAUCCGCACGCAGGUGCUGCUGCGCCUCAUCAAGCCCUACACUCGCAUCCGCAUCCCCUUUGUCUCCAAGGAGCUGAACAUCCCUGAGAAGGAUGUGGAGCAGCUGCUGGUGUCCUUGAUUCUUGACAACAGAGUGCAUGGCCACAUAGACCAAGUCAACCAGCUGCUGGAACUCGGUGACAGGUCGAGAGGUCAACGGACAUACACUGCCCUGGACAAAUGGUCUGCUCAGUUGCGGUCACUACACCAGACUGUGGUUAACAAGAUCGGUUGA